ACGCAGCACUUUCCACGGCUUCCACAAGCCCCGCGGCGCCCGGCCCGAGCGCUUAGCCGGGCCGAGACCGCGCCAUGCAGGAAGCGCCAGCCGCGCUGCCCACGGAGCCGGGCCCCAGCUCCGUGCCAGCCUUCCUCGGCAAGCUAUGGGCGCUGGUGGGCGACCCGGGGACCGACCACCUGAUCCGCUGGAGCCCGAGCGGGACCAGUUUCCUCGUAAGCGACCAGAGCCGCUUCGCCAAGGAAGUGCUGCCCCAAUACUUCAAGCACAGCAACAUGGCGAGCUUUGUGCGGCAGCUCAACAUGUACGGUUUUCGGAAGGUGGUGAGCAUCGAGCAGGGCGGCCUGCUCAGGCCGGAGCGCGACCACGUCGAGUUCCAGCACCCGAGCUUCGUACGCGGCCGAGAACAGCUACUGGAACGUGUGCGGCGCAAGGUGCCUGCGCUGCGCACCGACGACGGCCGCUGGCGCCCCGAGGACUUGGGCCGGCUGCUGGGCGAGGUGCAGGCUUUGCGGGGAGUGCAGGAGAGCACCGAGGCGCGGCUGCGGGAACUCAGGCAGCAGAACGAGAUCUUAUGGAGGGAGGUGGUUACUCUGCGGCAGAGCCACGGUCAGCAGCACCGGGUCAUUGGCAAGCUGAUCCAGUGCCUCUUUGGGCCACUUCAGACAGGGUCCAGCAGCGCAGGAGCUAAGAGAAAGCUGUCUCUGAUGCUGGAUGAGGGGGGCUCGUGCCCAACACCGGCCAAAUUCAAUGCCUGUCCUCUACCUGGUGCCCUCGUGCAGGACCCCUACUUUAUCCAGUCGCCCCUCCCAGAGACCACCUUGGGCCUCAGCAGCUCUCACAGGGCCAGGGGCCCUAUCAUCUCUGACAUCCACGAAGACUCUCCAUCCCCUGAUGGGACCAGGCUUUCUCCUUCCAGCAGCAGCAGCAGGAGGGAGAAGGGCCUGGCACUGCUCAAAGAAGAGCCGGCCAGCCCAGGGGGGGAAGGCGAGGCCGGGCUGGCCCUGGCCCCAAACGAGUGUGACUUCUGCGUGACAGCCCCCCCGCCACUGCCGGUGGCUGUGGUGCAGGCCAUCCUGGAAGGGAAAGGGAACUUCAGCCCCGAGGGGCCCAGGAAUGCCCAACAGCCUGAACCAAGGGGUCCCAGGGAGCUACCUGACAGGGGAACUCUGGGCCUGGAGAGGGGGCGGCGGAGCCCAGAGCAUCUGCUACCUCCCAUGCUGCUUCGGGCCCCCCCUGAAAGUGUGGAGCCUGCAGGGCCCCUGGAUGUGCUGGGCCCCAGCCACCAAGGGCGAGAAUGGACCCUGAUGGACUUGGACAUGGAGUUGUCCUUGAUGCAGCCCUUGGGUCCAGAGAGGAGUGAGACUGAGCUGGCGGUCAAGGGGUUAAAUUCUCCGGGGCCAGGGAAGGACUCCACACUUGGGGCACCACUCCUGCUGGAUGUCCAAGCGGCUUUGGGAGGCCCAGCUCUUGGCCUUCCUGGAGCUUUAACCAUUUACAGCACCCCUGAGAGCCGAGCCUCCUACCUAGGCCCAGGGGCCAAUCCCUCCCCCUGAGACCCGCUUUACUCUGAAGCCAGCCUAGCUGAGGGGCUGGCCUGCAGCAGCACGCCCUUCUGGGCUUCCUGGUGCCCCUGGAAGAGGCUGAACGAAGACCCUGCUACUCUGCAGUCCUCCAUUACUGAGCCCUGCACAUAAACUGCAUUUUUUUUUCUGUG